UGUGUCCAGUCAGUAUUGGUGGAGGGCUUAUUUCAUAGUGCAUACCGCUACUGCUGCUACUGCUCAGAGCGCCGGAUGCACAGACACAUGAAUACUGUGAUCUUACUCGGUGAAAAUGAGACGUAAAGCAUAUAAACGGGUCAACACAGAUAGACAACUGCUAUCUGACUCCACAGGAAAAACUUAUGGCCUGAGUGGUUGAGAUUAGAGGUCACACUCUGCAUCAGCAUUAUUGGGAAUCGACUAGAAAACACAUGAAAGUGAAUGCAGAGCGAAGAAUAUGAAAAAGAUAUAUAUUGGGAAAACAGCCCUUAAAGCCCAGAGAAAUGGUUGCAAACAUCAGAAAAGAAGUUCUCUACAUGAUCACAAGGAUGAUCUUCGCAAGCGUCUGUCUUACACCACCCACAAACUAGAGAUGGUGGAGUCUGAGUUUGACUCCACCCGACAGUACCUGGAGACGGAACUCCGUCGAGCCCAGGAAGAGUUGGAGAAAUUCACUGACAAACUACGCAGGAUCCAGAGCAGUUAUGCAGCUCAACAGAGGAUCAAUCAAGACCUGGAGGACAAGGUGCACAGGACGUCCCAGCACCAUGAGGAUGAGAAAAGAGCGCUGAGUCGAGAGAUCAUCGUCCUCAACAAUCACCUCAUGGAGGCCAAGAUCACCAUUGAAAAGCUCAGAGAGGACAAUGACCUGUACAGAAAGGACUGUAACCUGGCAGCACAGCUCCUACAGUGCUCCAAGUCACACCACAGAGGCCACAAGCUAUCUGAGCUGCCCAUUGACUUCCAGGAGCGGGUGAGCUCCCACAUGGAGAAGCAAGGCCGCGGCGUCACCAUGGCGCUGUGCCACUCGCCCUACUCUGAUGCUGUGCCCACCGCCGUCAUCGCCAAGGUGCUAGAGAAGCCGGAGCCGGGCAGCAGCUGCCCCAACACCCGUUCGCCCAGCCCCCAGCCAUUGGAGGAUGAGGGCCAUGACCAGAACUUUGUGCCCACUAGCGUGGGCGGCGGCACCGAAAGCCUCCAGCGCCGCACAGCUUACCGUACAUCGGACCUGUACUGCAGCGACACAGCCCUCUACUGCCCCGAGCGCUGGCAGGAGCGCAGACAGAGCGUGGACGUCCAUGCCCGCCCCAUGGGUCUCCUCCUCCAGGCCCAGAACUCCACAGACUCCAACCCCGAGGAGGAAGCCUUCCAUUCGGGUAACUUCUCCCAUCACGGGGCCCCCUCCUUCCAUGGAGAGUUUGCCGUGGGCUCCUUGAGGGCCUCUAGCUCCUACUCCAGCUUCAGUCAGGCGUCGGAAGACGAGAAGGGCGGGGAAGGCUGCGGCGGUGGCCCCAGCAGCACCAUGUCCUCCUCCCACCAGGGGCUCUACAUGGACUGGCGGGAUGGGGGUUACGGCGAGCGAAAGAGCACCUCCUCCUAUGAGAAGGACAGCCCUCCUGGCCACAGUGUCUUCCCCAAGUCCCACAGCUUCCAGCAUAUGGCAAUGCCGCCUUCCCCCAACCCUGCGAAAGGCAGCGGUGGCUCUUCACCGGCAUACGUAUGCACAGCAUCCUGCGGCUACAGUGAGCCGUACCACUCGCCACUUAUCACAUCGUCACACAGCGUGGGCUCAGCCCAGGGAGGAGGAGGAGGACCCCGGGGUGCGGAGCGCUCCGAUAGUCAGGCCAGCAUGGUCAGCAUGGGUGUCCCCACCGAGGAGGAACUGACUGGACGCUGGAGGCAGCUGAGCGUAGAGGACAUCAACUCGUACUCCUUCAACCGCAACCCGGGCCGUGUGUCUCCCUACAGCUUCUCCGAGCAGCACUUUGCCAUGGGCCCGGCCAAGAUUAAACUUGGGCCUCUCUACAGCAGCUUCCAGGAGGGGGACGACAAUGUCUUCCUCCACAGCCAUGUGCUGGACCAGUGUUUGGCUGCUGCCGCCGGUGGUGGCCUCUCACCCAGCCCCAGUCCCAGUCCCAAACACCCCAGCCUGGGCCUGCGGGGCAAGCCGGACAAUCCCCCGCCCCUGUACAGAGCCAAGGUAGACAGCCAGGACUCAGAGUGCAGCCUGCAGUUCCUCUCAGGGAGCCUUAAGGAUAAGGAGAGUGGGGCUGCUGGAGCGGCAGGGGGGAGCAUGAACAAGGAAUACGUGGACGUGAGCCCCAACAGCUCAGCUGAGUCCGUACACCACCAAAGCUCCCUGGAAGCCUCCAGUCUGCAGCACUACCAGAGGGAGAGAAUGAGGCCCAGCCCUAGCCCUGCACUUCCCAAAAAGAGUUCUCAACAAUACCAAAAAUUUGGAAGUACAGGAACAGGACUGAGCAGGAAGGACAGUCUGACCAAGGCCCAGCUGUACGGCACCCUCCUGAAUUGAACCGCUCAGUAACUGACAGGUAUAAUGCAUUAUGAUGUGGUUAUAAUGCAUUAUGAUGCGGUUAUAAUGCAUUAUGAUGCAGUUAUAAUGCAUUGUAAGACUUGUCAUAAGCACGUAUGACCCCCUUAGAAAUUCUUAAUAUUAUCUCAAUGACUAAAUGAUAGCAAUUUUGAAAAUGUGUUUCAUAAAAGGACUUAACAAACUGUAAACCUUGUAAUAAGACAUGAAAGCUCAUACGUGCUUACAACAAGUAAUAAAGCAUUAUACCUGCCGGCUUGAAGUAGUGUUACCAACAGCUUCUCCUCUUAUGCAUGAUGAUUGUGUAGGUCUCCAUGUUUCCUGUGGCAAACACACAGUUGGUGUGGAUGUGAGAUGUUCUUGUAAUCCGGCGAAGGCACGUUUCAAGCUGUAUGAGAAGCUACACAGCUGUUGUUGUUGUUUUGGCUGUUUGUUUAUGUCAUGAUGCGGUGUAGUUAUCAGAGAUAACAGCCACUAGAUUUCCGUACCGUUUCUUACAGUAUAUCAUCCCUUAGUCUCUCAGACAGCCAUUCAGCAAGCUCAAAGCUAUUUUGUGGAAGGCUCAUAAAUCAAAUUAUCCCUUAACAAUGACAGUAUUGAGGCAGUAACUACUCUACAUAUACUAUUAGCAUUUGAAGUAUGUCAGUAAAACAUGCCAUUUAGUACCAAGCACAUUGGUAUCCUUUAGUACCAAGCAUAACACGUCCCAUUCAUUUGGGCAACAGACUGACUAUUAGAACUUCAUUAGCAUGGCAUAACACCAACUAAAGGCUAUCCAUUAUGUAUAUGAUGUCCUGCUUCCAAGGCCUCAUUUUCUCAUCGACAAACUGCAUGUUAAUUAUGCAUAUAUGAAUGGACUGGUUCUUCUAGGCGGCAAGUCAUGGAUAGCUCCUGAACAUUAGAGAGGCACGACAGAAAUAAAUGUUCCUUUCUCUCACUCAAUUAGCAUAUUUAUACUUAGGAGGAACACGUCUGAGAAAUAAAUUCAGCAUGUAUUGGAAUUAGAUAAAUCAAAGGCAGAUUUAAAAUACAUAUACUGUCGGUAACACAAUAUCAAAGACAUAGUAUACAUGUAAAUACAACAACUGUAAAGUUGGUGGCGCAAUAUGGGGUAUUUUCCUGCCGCUAAUACUAACAAUAUAAAGGAAUAUAUUUACAAUAUGAUUGGCAGGAAAGUACACCCACAGAGCAGACAUUGACAAGAGAUAAAUGAUUUAAAAAGUUGCACAGCAGGUUGUCCAAUAUUCCAUGUAUCCAGGCUAGUGUUACUCUGUAUGAAUAUUUCAUGUAGGAAUUUGGCCCAAAGCACCCAACGUUUUAAUGCCCAAAUUGGAAAAGAGCAUGAAUUCAAUGCUGUUGCUUGAAUUCAUGAAUACCCAACAACUAGUAAGUACAUUUUGCCUUAAUUCUGUUCAGUAGCUAGUCUACUCCUUUACUACAAGUCUGACAGUGGUGUGUAUAUAUAUAUAUAUAU